UCCUUUCUUCCCUGCACCCACUCCUCACCCCCUUUCCCCCCCCUCGUCGGCCCCUCCUCUGGCACUGUCCAGUCCAGUCCGGCGCUCCUCCUCGUUUGGACACAAAACACAAAAAAGGAGAACAAACGGUGUGAGCCAGGACCUAUAUACAGGACUCCCGACUUCGAGGACGGGGGCGAAAACGAGCGCGAAAACCAUUUUUUGGAAGCCAAAUUCUUCAGGAUGAGACUCUCUUGUCAUCAGCGUCCGUACGAGCGGUGGACGUGACGACCACGACGUCUCCGUCCAUCGGCCGGGUCUCUGUGAGAGAUUCUUAUUACUGCUUACUGUUCCUAGUGGUGUAAUAUUAUUGGAAAACCUAUUAGAAGUUAAUCAAGCACAAAAGCUAUACCCCAACAAGGAAUCAUCCAAUCGGUCAGUGGUUUCAAUUAACAUUUUGUUGUUAAAGCUGUUUGGUUUCAGAGAGCUGAAUAAGCCCACAAUGACCAAGGGUUUCAGGGACAUACUUGAAUCGAUACUAGGUCCUAGGGACAAGUGAUUUGUUUGACACUGAACCGGCCACAGGGUCGCCAAGAGACCUACCUAUUCUGUAGGUCAUUACUACAGGUGACCUAUCUACUUGACUCUGUGGCUGGGAAGAGCUGCUGUUGUCGCCAAGAGUUUGUACAGAAUUGGCCACAGUGAAGAACAUGUAACCUAUUCGCUUAACUAUUUGGCGCAAAACUGGUUCUAACUUCUCCAGAAGAUCUUCCUGGGUCUGCACUACGUCUCAAGAUAAAAGGAGCCCUAUCUGUUUAUUGCCUCGGAAUUGGUCCGAGAGUCACCAAGUGGACGCCCCUUCUUAAAAACCAUCUGGCUCUAUAUUGAUCCCAGAGUCAACAGCAAGAUUACUUGCCGACCUUCCUGGCUCCUUGUUCCAGGUCCGCUAGCAGGGGCCACCGUCUGUGGUCAGGAGACUGAAGAAUAGAAGCUAACUGCUAACAGAAACUAACACUGAAAUCAAGGCGGUGACGGCGAUGGUUAGGCCUUACACAGCUCUCCCAGCCGAAGUGGCUUCAACUAUCCCUAGACGCUCUCCACUGAGGGACUCGUGGGUGCGGCCGGCACCCCAGCCUCCAGAUAUUACCCCUCCCAUGGGCACUCUCAAGCCCUCGGGGGCCAUAUUGCGGCCCUUGAGGACUCUCGAGCCCACGCGGCUCAGACCGCGGUCCUUGGGGUCUCUCGAGCCCUCGAAGCCCAGACCAAAGUCCUUGGGGACUCUCGAGCCCUCGGGGUCGAGACCACAGUCUAUGGGGACUCCUGAGCCCUCGGGGUCCAGACCACAGUCCAUGGGGACUCCCGAGCCCUUGGGGUCGAGACCACAGUCCAUGGGAACUCCCGAGCCCUCGGGGUCCAGACCACAGUCCAUGGGGUCUCCCGAGCCCUCAGAGCCUAUACCGCAACCCUUGGGGACUCCCGAGCCCUCGGGGUCCAGACCACAGUCCAUGGGGACUCCCGAGCCCUCGGGGUCUAGACCACAGCCCUUGGGGACUCCCGAGCCCUCAGAGCCCAUACCGCAGCCCUUGACUCUCAAUACCUCAGAGCCCAGACAAGAGCCCUCAGUGAAUCUCAAUCCUCCAGAUCACAAACCACUGGAAGCUCUGCAGCCCUUGGGGUCCACGACAAGUGUGAGCCCUGGGGGUGACCAGCGCCCCCGGGCCCCGCCCCGCCCCGCUUCCGUUAUCCUCACCACAUACAUCCCCGAUGGCGGGGUCUUGCAGGAACUGCGCGGUCUCUCCGGCCAAGUCUCGAGGGCCAAAGCCUUCUUCGAGUCCUCGACGACACAGCCCGAAGACCAGCCGGGGCCCUCACCGCCGGAGGAGGACGACAUUAGCGCCACGGCUGUGACCUACCGCGUCAAAAACCCGCACAGGUCGCCGGCGCAGCGGCGGCCGCGUCGAUAUCGCAACACCAUCAGCACCUUCCCACGCUGGGCGCCGUCGGGGCAGCACGCAGCCAUCGACGACAUCAAGAACGACCACCGCGCCUCCAGCGACCUCGACGAGCAAGGCAACAUCGUCAGUAGGCCUCAAUGCCCUGGCGCAGACGACGACGACGACGACGUGGUGAUCAGGCGGGUCAAGCCGGUGGUAGUGCGCAGGCGCCAUGGCACCAUCAUGGCCGUCGUUGACAGCCUCUCCUGGGACAAGGUGGUUGACAUCACAGGUAGUGGGGGUGAGGCAGCAGGUGUGGAGGGCAGCACAGGUAUUGGGGGUGAGGGAGCAGGUGUGGAGGGCAGCACAGGUAUUGGGGGUGAGGGAGCAGGUGUGGAGGGGUGUGGAAUUUGA